CCAGUAAAUAAAUACUAAUAACCUAAAAGUUGAACUCUAUUCUGUUAUUUACAAAAUUAAACAACAGGGAUUUGGAUUUUUGAUUACGUGUUUUGUUUGAUUUAUAUGGUGAAUUGAACAGUUUACAAAAUAAAAUGGCCCCAAAAACGACCAAUGCAGCAGAUGACACAGACUCAGGUUCAGAUUCUGAUAGUGGGUCCAGUGGUAGUCAUAGUAAGAGUGCAAGCCCUGCACCAUCGGGAAAAGAAGGCAGUCAGUCUAGGUCUGUGUCAAGAAGCCCACAAAAAUCUGGUAGUGAAUCUCCAAAAUCCCAAAAAUCAGGACAAUCUGGGCGUUCAAGGAAAUCCUCCAAUGCUUCAAAUGUUUCCCGUAGCAAGUCUAAUUCUCCAGUUGGAUCUCAUAGAUCAGGAUCUGCUCACAGCAAUAAAUCUGGCUCAUCCAGUCCAAAGUCCAAUGCCAGUCCAAAGUCCCCUAGGGCAUCCAAAUCUAGAUCGAGAUCCAGAAGCGGUUCAGGUAGCGCAAGAUCACGUUCUGGAAGUCCAAAAUCUGGACCACAAAGUCCAAAAUCACGAUCACAAAGUCCCAAAUCGCGAUCGCAGAGUCCAAAAUCUCGGUCACAAAGCCCUAAAUCUAGAUCACAAAGCCCUAAGUCCAGAUCGCAAAGUCCAAAAUCACGGUCGCAUUCUCGAUCGCCUAGCCCGAAGUCACAAGGUGCGAAAAGUCGAUCGGGUAGUGGUAGUCCUAAAAGUAGGAAGUCCAGGUCAAGAUCAGGGAGUGCGUCUUCAAGGUCAAAGAGUCCUGCAAGAGCAGAUGUUGUUGACAGUAGAUCUAACUCGCCGAAUCUUAUGAUUGAUGAUGGAGAAGCUAAGGAAAAAGCUGCCAGCAGAUCUAGAUCUGGUUCCAGACAUUCAAAGUCAAGGUCAAGAAGUAAAUCAAAGUCCAAAAGUCGCUCCAGAUCACGCUCAAAAAGUUCUAAUACUUCUGAAAGGGUUGAAGCCGAGAAGAAAAAAAGGGCUGUCCUCUCCGACUCGGAGAGUGGUGAUGAGGAAUCCAAAAGUGCAAAACGGAAAAAGGGUUCUGAUAGCGGAUCAGAUACCAGCAGCAAGCCCAGUAAGAAGAAGUCUAAACAAAUUGUUGAUUCUGAUGAUGAAAAUCAAGAAAAACCUGAUACAGUGACUGCUGACGCUUUAUUCGGUGACGCAUCCGACAUAAGUACAGAUAACGAAGCUGAGAAGGACAAGGGCUCAGAGAGGUCGCGGUCGAGAUCCAGAUCGCGUUCACGGUCCAGAAGCCGCAGCCGGGGUAGAUCUGAUGAUGACAGACGGUCCGGUGAUGAAGCCAGAGGUAGCGGUGAUGAGCAGGAAGCCAGAAACAAACCAGAAGAAGAAGAGGAAGUGGAAAUCCCCGAGACCCGUAUUGAUGUGGACAUGCCAAAGAUAUGGACGGAACUUGGCAAGGAAUUGCACUUCGUUAAAUUGCCCAACUUCUUGUCCGUGGAGACCAGACCCUAUGACCCCAACACAUAUGAGGAUGAAAUUGAUGAAGAGGAAACUUUGGACGAGGAAGGAAGAGCUAGAUUAAAGCUGAAAGUCGAGAAUACAAUGCGUUGGCGUACGGCGUUCGAUAAGGAAGGCAAUGCAAUCAAGGAGUCCAACGCACGGAUGGUGAAAUGGUCAGACGGCAGUAUGUCUCUACAUCUCGGAUCUGAAAUAUUCGACGUUUACAAACAACCAUUGCUUGGUGACCACAACCAUCUCUUUGUCCGACAAGGAACAGGUCUUCAAGGCCAAGCGGUGUUCCGGACAAAGCUAUCAUUCAGGCCGCAUUCCACCGACUCGUUCACGCAUAGAAAGAUGACACUCUCGGUCGCUGACCGCUCCACCAAGACAUCCGCUAUAAAGAUACUGUCGCAAGUCGGAAGCGAUCCGGAUGCUGAUAGGAAGUACCAGCUGAAGAAAGAAGAGAUGGAGCUCCGGGCGUCUAUGCGUUCCCGCGCAUCCACACGACCAAAGAGGCGAGCUGGGGCCGCCAGCGGAGGCCGGGGCGCCGCUAGACACGAUGAUUCUGAGGACGAGGGCGGAGUCUCGCUCGCCGCUAUCAAGAACAAGUACAAGGCUGGACAGAAAGCGAGCGCCGGUGCUGCCAUCUACUCGUCGGAAUCCGAAGGUUCAGACGUGGAAACGCAUCGUGCGCGCCGUUUGGACCGGGCGAAAGCUCUCAAGGACUCCGACGACGAAGGCAGCGAAGCUGGAGAGGAAAACACCCCCCAAAAGAGCCAGAGCGAUUCAGGAUCGGGGAGUGGGAGUGAAUAAAGUAGAAAAAUAAUAUGUUGAGCUAUGAAGCCAUUCAGAAAAUUAUCUGCUAUUGAAUUGACGUUGCCUUUUAGAAUUAGAAACCCUAUUUCUAAGACGAGGUUGUAAAAGAUGUUUGAAUUAAAAUACAUUAUGAAUUGUCUGCGUUCACCUGAUGUACUUUUGAUAUGUACGCUGUGUCCGUACUCUAAAGUCGGUGCUCUGUAUACUUUGUUGUUUGACUUGACAGUAAAUUAAAUAGAAAAAUACGUUAAGGUACUGAAAACAUUAAGUAAAGUACUUACUAUCAUCGCUUAAGGCAGUAUUAUUUUGUCUGGUGGGAGGCUUUGGCCGUGGCUGUUCACCACCCUACCGACAAAGACGUGAGGCUAAGCGAUUUAGUGUUUCGGUGCG